ACACACACACACACUCAGUCCCUGGCGUUGAUAACAACAAAGGGCGAUGAAUUGAUGAAGUUUCAAACUUGCUCCGCGCUUCAUUUUACACGAAUCACCGCAGGUUGUUGGCAGUCUCUCGCCGCGCUGUGGAGAACGCAUUGCCGCCGCAGAUGCAGCAGAAGCGGGAAUGAACGGUCCUGUCAAAGUUUUCACACCGUGAGAGUGGAAGCUUUGUAGUUUGAUAUCAAAAUGAUUCGAAUAGCAGCGCUGAAUGCUGCAUUGACAGCUGCCGAUGAAUCCCAAGACCCAUUGAGAAGUAGCAAGAGUCAGACUAAAGAGGCUCAGGAAGCAGAGGCGUUUGCUUUGUAUCACAAAGCUUUAGAUCUCCAAAAACAUGACAAGUUUGAGGAGUCCAGCAAAGCCUAUCACGAGCUGCUCAAAACUCCAUUGCUCAAAGAGGCCAUGCCGUCGGAUGAUCAGAAAGUGGUCCUCAAGCAUCCUGGGCUGAUGUUGAAAUACUCUACUUUUAAAAACCUGGCCAGUAUGGCUGCAUCACGGGAUGACCUGGAGACUGCGAUGGAGUUUUAUUUGGAGGCUGUUAUGUUGGAUUCCACUGACGUGAACAUGUGGUACAAAAUCGGUCAGUUGGCUGUGCGACUGGUGCGCAUUCCUCUGGCUCGACAUGCCUUUGAGGAGGGAUUGCAUUGUAAUCCAGAUCACUGGCCCUGCCUGGACAACCUCAUAACUAUUCUUUACACACUCAGCGACUACACCUGCUGCUUGUACUUCAUCGCCAAAGCCUUAGAGAAGGAUCAUUGUUACACUAAAGGUCUGGUGCUGAAGGAGAAAAUCUUUGAUGAGCAGCCGUGUCUGAAGAGGGACACAAUGCAGAUGUUCAUGAAAUGUGAUAUGUCUAUUCACUAUGUGGAUGUGGAGGACGAGGAGCGCAAGUCUAUCGUAGAGGAGGCCCUGGACAUACGGAAACGCAGAAGGGCUCUUUCUCACUGUGAACCAAAACCAGACCUUGUCCUGGUUAAGCCCAUCCGCUGCCUCUCGUGGAAGCAUGUCGGUGAAUGCAUUCUUGCAAUGUACAGACAUCAGACCACAUGUGAGCCGCCACGUCCGAGUCUUGGCCACAGGAUCGACUUGUCAGAGUACUCGGACCCAAACUUCGUCCAAAAUCUCCCUCAACCCAGUAGUCCUGUUAGUAUAGUUCCGAUAACCACGCUGAGCAGCAGUCCCAGCUCAUCCCUGCCACCAGUUGUCCUCUCUGAGCCAGUAAUCCUGUCUCAGCCCGGCAUGCAACAUCAGAUCAUCACCAGUCAGACCACUGUGGAGAUCACCACUUCUGCUCCCCCUGUUGCCACAGCGAUGGACAUUUCACUGACAGAUAAAGUGAAGAAAGCCCCGAAAAGGAAACGUGGCAUAGAAGAUAGUGGAGAGACAGCCAAGCGACGCUCAGCGCGAGUGCGCAACACGAAAUGCAAGAAGGAGGAGAAGAUUGAUUUCCAGGAGCUGCUUUAUAAAUACCUCCCUUCCAGGCUCCGGAAGUUUGACCCUGACAAUGAUGAUGAGAGUCUGAGUAAUCUUGAGGCACAGUGUGAUGGGAAAGAGGACAUACAGCCUCUCCAUGGGAGUUUCUUGCCUGCAGACUCAAUUGAAUACAUGGAGUCUGAGCAACAGGACGUGCACACUUUCCUGCUCAAUAAUAUAGCUAAUGGCGGUAUACUGGACCUGAUGAUGCGCUACCUGAAAGCAGUGGGUCAGAAGUUCAUGAAGGAGUGGCCCCGGGGGCUGACUGCUGUGGUGCUGGAGGUCCAACAGACCUGGAGGAAGCACAGCAGUGGUCUUCCCAACCCGCUGCUUCGGGACUGCAGCAACCAGCACAUCAGGGAAAUGAUGGCAAUGAGUCUGGCCUGUAUGGAGCUGCAGCUGGAGCAAUGGUUACUCAAAAAGACUGUGUCUCCAAGAAGAAGCAGCGUUGGACCUGGCAAUGAUGCAGCUGACUCAGAAUUCCCUGGGCAGCACUUUCAGGGUGAUAUAUUACUCCUGGCCCUGGGUUCAUCCCAAAGAGACCUUUUUGAGGAUGACUGGCUGGAUGUAAUGGUGCGUGUCUACUGGCUCAAAGCACGAUUCUUAGCCCUACAGGGUGACAUGGAUUUGGCACUGGAGAGCUACGACGUCUGUACGGGUCUGUUGCAGAGCAAACCAAAGUCACCCGAAGGGAAAUAUUACACCAUCAACCUGCCGAACCUACGGACAGAUGCAGUGAUCUCUGUGGAGGAGAUCAAUAAGAGGUUGAAGUCUCUGGAACGGUGUCAGUCUCUGGAGGAGAUCCAGCGACUCUUUGAGUCUGCAGACUUUGAGUCUGUCGUGCGCCUGCUGCAGCCCACUCUCAAUUAUGGCAGCAGGACUAAACCUCUGGAGUUUGUGAGCUCAGUGCCAGAGCGGCCUGCUCAGCUAAUGCUACUUCAGAACGCACUGUUGAGGCUGGAGGACCAUCAGCAGUGUUUGGAGUGCAGUGAGCUGGCACUGAAUGAAGCCCUGCAGCAGCUCAACUCUUCAAACAGCGCACCUCCUAGUAAGGAGGAGUGGGUCAGCACCAUUGGAACAUUGCUGGAUGGCAUCGAGGUCUGCUUCACCAAAGACUCCAAACUUCUAAGCAACGUCCCUCACUUUUCAAGUAUGGUUCGACUGGCAAACAACCUAAUUCAGCUGAUCGACCUCAGCAUGUCCGUGUCCGACGACCCAAAGGAGCCUUAUUUCUUCUCGGUUCUGCCGUGGAUUACACUUUAUCGCAUUAUCAAACACGAGGAGGCGGCUUUUGACUGUAUGCUCCGGCAGCAUAUGUCUGUCGGGGACGAUGAAGAUGACUCAGACACUCCCAUGCUGCCUUCCUCCCUGAUGCUUCUGAACACAGCGCAUGAGUAUCUGGGCCGUCGCUCCAUGUGCUGCAGCUCAGGCGGUGCACUCCCCAAGUUCUUUGUUCGAGUUUUGGAAAAGGAGUUUGCAGCCUUUUCCAGUACCGACUCUCAUCCCUACAAAGAGGAGCUGGAAAUGGCCCUGGAGCAGUGCUUCUUCUGUCUGUAUGGCUACCCCAGUAAGAAAAGCAAGGCCCGCUACCUCGAGGACCACUCAUCUCCCCAGGUGGAGCUGCUGUGGAGUGACGCUCUCUUCAUGUUCCAGUAUUUCAAACCAAAGUCGCUGCCCGAGUUUGACAGCUAUAAGACGAGCACGGUGUCUGCAGAGUUGGCUAAUCUGCUGAGGAGGUUUGCUGGCAUUGCCCCCUCAAGUGACACGCCUGUGCUCACCAUGGAUGAAGUGGCAGCCUACAUUGAGGGCAUGUCAGAGAAGGCCCCAUGCCUUCCUGAGGGCAGUUCUCCUGCACCUCCAAUCAUUGAUGAGAUCUACUACCUGCUGGCCGAUUACCACUUCAAGAACAAAGAGCAGUCCAAAGCCGUCAAGUUCUACAUGCAUGACAUCUGUGUGUGUCCCAACAGGUUUGACUCCUGGGCCGGCAUGGCUUUAGCGAGGGCCAGCCGCAUCCAGGACAAGCUCAAUUCCAACGAGCUGAAAAGUGACGUCCCGAUAUGGAAGCACUCCCAGGCCGUACUGAACUGUUUCAAGAGGGCGCUGGAGAUUGACGUCUCCAACCUGUCUCUGUGGAUCGAGUACGGCACCAUAUCCUAUUCUCUGCAUUCCUUUGCGUCGCGGCAGUUGAAGCAGUGGCGCAGUGAGCUCCCCCCAGAUGUGGUUAAACAGAUGGAAGAAAGGAGAGACUCCAUGUUGGAGACGGCGUCCCGGUGUUUCCAGGGUGCGUCUCGUUGCGAGGGCGACAGCGACGAAGAAGAGUGGCUCAUCCACUACAUGCUCGGGAAAAUCGCAGAGAAACGCAAACAGCCUCCAGUGGAAUAUCUGCAUCUUUACAAAAAGGCAGCGCACUAUCUGCACGAAGAAGCUGCCAGAUACCCCCGGAAAAUUCAUUACCAUAAUCCCCCUGAUUUGGCCAUGGAGGCCCUGGAGUUGCAUUUCCGUUUGAGUGCCACCAUCCUGAAACUUCUCGAGGCUGUGAAGCCCGACCUGGAUCACGAGGCUCUGUUCACUCUGCUCGUCGAGGCGGCCACGGGACCGUUUGCGAGGGGGGAAGAGAAGAGUAUGCCAAGCAUGCCAAGGUCCAGUGAAAAGGAUAAACCGUCCUCCAUGAUGGAUGAAGACUUUAAUUGCUCGUCAGUCUGCAUAGGGAACGUCCUCAGCUCCUCUCUUCCGUCAGUUACCACCCCAGGUCUGGCAUGCCCCACUUAUGUGGCUACGCCGUUUGACCACGAUUACGCCAAACGCAAAACACUUCGACGCCAGCAGUGGCAGGAGCAGCGGCAUGAGGAGCAGCAGGCUGAUGCCUCACCAGAGUUUGACCAUGAUUACUGCCUGCCCAGGUCUUCAAUGUGGCUGGCUUCCCUGAAUGAGCGGAGUCAGGACAGUGAGGUGGUGAUGCUCUCUGACUCCAACUCCACUCAGGACGCCUUCACCGAUCCCACCAGCUCGCAAGACAGCAGCCACAAACCCACCUCUGGUAAAGUUAGCUCAAUAUCGUCAGAAAGUACAACUCCUGUGAAGGACGGGCAGCACACCUCUGAGAACACAGCGUCACGCGGCGAGCAUACUGGCAUCCAGAGCGACGAGAGGCUUAUCCAGGAACUAGAAGUGGUAGAAGCUGUGGUGGUGACUCUUUCUGAGGCUUCAGCCCCCAAGGUCUCUGGGGAACUGGGUGGUAAUCCUCUUGCCGUCCCAGCCACCCCUCCAAAGCCGGCCUCCUCUCAGCAGGCCACUCCUCAGACCCCGGCCAGCGAAGGAAAGAGGAAGCCAGAGCCCCCGGCUGAGGUGAUUGAGGUCCCCAAGGCCCUGCCCACAGAACGUGCUGACCAGAGGCAGAUGCUGGUGGAGAUGUGUGUCCGCGCGCUCUUCCUUUGCCUCGGCCGCUUCCCCCAGCACUACAAGAGUCUCUAUCGACUAGCCUACUUCUACACCAACAGCAAGAUACACCAGAACCUACAGUGGGCCCGAGACGUGUUGCUAGGAAGCAGUGUCCCAUGGCAACAGCUGAAGCACAUGCCAGCACAAGGACUUUUCUGUGAAAGAAACAAGACAAACCUGUUCAAUGGAAUCUGGCGUAUCCCAGUAGAUGAGAUUGAUCGCCCGGGAAGUUUUGCGUCUCAUAUGAACCGAUCCAUUGUCCUCUUGCUGGAGGUGCUGUCUCAGCUGAAGGACCACGAUACUCUGCUGAAAGUCUCUUUGAUGCUGCAGAGAACCCCUGACCAGGGAAAGAAGUAUUUACGGGAUGUUGAUCGCCAGGUUUUGGCGAAGAGAGCAUUUUUCCUAACUGUUAACGUCCUGGAGGACAAUCUGAACAGUCUCACUGGGGUAUCUGAGCAGCUUCCCAAAGCGCCUGUACCCUCCAUGGGGGAGAUGACCACAACAGACACAUCCAACAGGCCCAGUUCAGAGGACGGCAAGCAUGGACUGCCUAAGAAGCCCGUGCUCACAGAGGGAGCUAGUGCCACUGACACAGUGCCCAGGGAUGCCUCACAGGCACAACUCACCCCUGCACCGUCGUCCACAGAUAAAGGGAGUACGGUUCAGGAGAGCUUCCCUGUGAAGGUGGAGAUGGCUGGAAGUGAGGAGCACAAAUCGGCGCCAGAGGAACCCAUGGAGCUGGACACUGGACACUGGAAGAUCUCUGCCGCCAUGGAUUCGCAGGGCAAUAAAAUGGAGGCUGGGACAUCCCAGAGUGCCGUGGAGCCUCAGCAGAGAGUGACUGACGGCAACCGGACAACAGAGCUGUCUUUGGAGGAGCUGAGUAUCAGUUCCAGGCAACAGCAACCACAAGCCUCAGCACCCAAGGUCACUUUGGCAGCCGGUGGCGCUGAUCAGGGCUUAAUACGACGGCCGAACAGGAAAAGGAAGCUUCUAGAGGAUGUGGAAUCUGGAAAGACGUUACUGCUUGAUGCCUAUAGGGUGUGGCAGCAAGGCCAGAAAGUCAUGACCUACGACCUGGCACGCAUUGAGAAGAUCAUGUCCGAGACAUAUAUGCUCAUAAAACAGGUCGAUGAGGAUGUAGCGCUGGACCAAGCUGUGAAGUUCUGCCAGAUACAGUUGGCCGCUUCUGCCCAAAGACAGUCUGCAGGCGAUGCCCCGACCACUCCGAAGUACGCCAAGGAGCACCGAGACCUCUUCUUCCCCGCGUCCCUGCCGACCCCCGUCCUGCUCAGCCACUCCGUGCUCAGCCACCCGUCGUCCGCCCAGGACGGCCAGGCCCGAGUGGUGUACGAGCCCCUGAGCAAGAUGUCCCGACCUCAGGCCUCGAGCUUCCACGAUCAGCAGCAACACAGGCGAGCAGCGGGCCACGCCGCCACCGCCGCCAUGGCCUUCCUACCACACACAGAUGAGCGGGAGGAGCUCCCAGAGGGACUCUCGUACCGACAUCAGGAGUCCCACCUCUGUCAGCAGAUGAAACUCGCCACUGUAUCCCAGGGGCAGGACUCAGCAGCAGCAGCAGCAGCAGGAGGCUGGUUCCAGGAGGAAACUGCCACAUGUAGCACCGCACAGCCUUGUCCAGACCAGCAGCAGUACUCGACGAGUGAUCCAUCAAAGCUUCCAGACCCCAGCCGAAUCCGCUCGCGCGUCCCGCCCACCAUGCCAAAGCUUUUCAUCCCCUCCACCGUCACCAAGUUCCCGCCAGAAAUCACAGUAACGCCCCCGACACCCACGCUCCUCUCCCCCAAAGGCAGCAUCUCAGAGGAAACCAAACAAAGACUGAAGAACGUCAUCCUCUCAUCUCAGUCGGCAGCCACGGUCAAAAAAGACACUCUGAGUCAGCCGGCGCUGGAGGUGCAGGAGACGUCCAGCCAGGAGUCGUCUCUGGAGAGUGAGUCGGACGAGGAGGACGAUUACAUGGACAUCUGAACUGAACUGAACUCGCUCCAGGACCUGGCCCUGGCUCCGCCAGACUCUUCAGCAGACCUGGAGUGGCACGUGGCACGUGUCCCUGCGGCUCUCUGUGCUUUUUGUAUCCUCACGUGAGACUGAAAUAAAAAGCAGUGUUGUCGUCAUGUUUGCGUGUGGCGGACGGUGUGCAUGACUCCAGUCCCGCAGCAUGUCAUGUGACGCGCCAGCUCGACCGUACGCUGGAUCCGACGCGCUCACACACACACACUCGCCCUCUUUAUGCGUGUUGGUUCUCAAAGCUGCAGCUAAAUCCUUCAAAUCUCACCCACGUGAGGUGCCUCAGUCUGGACUGAGCUGCCCCCCCCCCGCAUGAGAUUUUUAUUUACAAGACAUUAAUUGUACUGAAUUAAUGAAUAGAGUGAUAUAUUUCUAUGUGGGAUGUGCACGGCCACGCGACCUGUAGCAGAUUGGAAAUGUUUACACUUAAUAUUUGGGAUUUUUAUGUUGGCACUUAAUUGUGUGCUAUUUUUGUACCGACUGUAUUUCUUGUAAUAACAUUUGUCCUCUCUGAAUCUUUUCGAGUAGCCGAGUGCAACAGUUCUUAACCGGGACGGACGUCGUCCCCGGACACCAGCACUGAUGCGGAAGUUCUUUCAAAUUAGCCUUUGUACAUGUCACGAUCCAAAUAUCCUUCCACAAGGUUUGGCUGCAAAGGCGGUUUGAGUAUUGGAGCGUGCGCAUGUGUGAGAGGGUAACGGUCGGGGCCACGUUUGAUUCCAGUCAACUCAGGAAACGACUCGCCGUUAACAGACACUUUACGUGAUCUUUCCUGACUUGGGUGGAAAUGAGAUGCAUGCUGGGCCAAAGUCUCUUCUACAAAUAAGAUGCCUUUCCAUUCAAAACCACUUUGGUGAAUCCAUCUUAACUCAGAGGAAGGCACAAGAAUGCUUUUUACAGGUCGUUUUCUACAAAUAGAAAGAUUUUUGAACAAAAACAAAAAAAAAAAACCAUUAACUGUCACCGUUGAUUUAAAAGAGAACAGUUUUUGGUGUUGUUGGGUUUUUGUUUCUCUUUGCAUCAGUGAAUGUAACCAUGUUUAACUUGGCUCGGACUGCUUUAAGGGAACUGUUCUCUACGUUUGGACUCAACGCGUUAUUAUAGAUGUCAAACCAAAACCACACAUUUCCUCUGUGUGAAUCUGAAAACGUCAGAUAUGACGGCGUUUGUCAUCUCUGGGCUUUCUCAGAAAAACAGUAACAAAUGUGAAUUAUUUUUACGUUAAGUCCUCGGAACACAUUUAUUCACACGGAUGCCAGAAAUUCCCAUUUAUUUACCAGAAAAUGUGCAAAUCGUGGUUGUAUGUUUGCAGCCCCCUCCUCCCCGGCCUGGAUUAUUUGUAAAAAAAAAAAAUGGAAGCACACUCACUUGUUACCUGUACAGUGUUUCAGGAAAAGUCAAUGUAAUGCAUGAUCAGACACUACAAACUGUUUUAUAUCACUGUAUUAAAAAAAAAAAAGAACUUAA